CACCAACGCCAUUUUGUAAUUUUGAGCAUGUUGACUCGCUACGAAAAUGACUUUAAUUUUAUGUUUAACUAAUUAUCGUGAUGUGAACCGUAGUUAUUGUUAUUAAUAAGAAAGUAUAGUAAAAAAAUGGACAUGGCGGAAGUGAAAGCGUUCAACGCGGAGUUAUCCGGGUUGUACGACAACAAGCCGCCUAUAUCGAAGGCGAAGAUGAGUGCUAUCACUAAAGGUGCUAUAAAGGCCAUAAAGUUUUAUAAACACGUCGUGCACAGUGUUGAAAAGUUUAUACAGAAAUGCAAACCUGAGUACAAAGUUCCUGGCUUAUAUGUGAUCGAUUCAAUAGUGCGACAAUCUAGACAUCAGUUUGGACAAGAUAAAGACGUCUUUGCUCCAAGGUUCGCGAAGAACAUGCAGCAGACGUUUGCCAAUUUGUUUCGAUGCCCUGCUGAAGAUAAGCGUAACAUAAUCCGAGUUCUCAAUCUAUGGCAGAAGAAUAAUGUGUUUAGUCCUCAAGUUAUUCAACCAUUACUAGACAUGGCUGACCCCAACCAUCCACUUCAUCAAGAAAUACAACAGAAUAAUAAUGCUAAUGGCAGCAGUUUAAACUUAAGUCACAAUACAUCUGACAAACUAUCACCAAUACCUGCUCAACACACACCAAGAUCUGCAUCUCCUAUGGGUGAUCAGUUCCAGGAUGAGCCAUCUGGGCAGCCCGGUGUGAAAUUCAAUAGGAAAUUGCUCAAUGACUUUGAGUAUGAAAGUGAAGAUGAACCUCCAUCUGAUCCUCCUCCUCAGUCAACUCAGUCGUCUCAUUCCACACACUCAGGUCAUACUGGACAUUCUCAAUACAAUACUAACAGUGCUCCUUCAAAUCAGAAUCAAACUCAGAAUCCUGCUGAUGCUCUUGGGAGUAUACUUACAAAUCCAGAGAUUAUGAGACAACUACAGAGUCUGCAAGCCCAGAUGCAGAUGAUGACUGGGAUGCAAAUACCUAAUUUUAUGCCCAUGAUGUCUGAAAUGCAAAUGCAACAAAAUCAAGGACAAAAUUUAUUUAUGAAUUCUCAACUGGAGCAACAGAAACAAACAGAGACAAAAGAUGAUGUCGCCAAUGAAUCGGACAUAGAGUUUGUCGACACUGGACCGCAGGUGAUUGAGAUAACUGAUGCUAAUGACUCCAGGAGCCCGUCCCCGCGCGGGCGCCGCCACCGCUCCCGCUCCCCGCGACGCCGCCGCCGCUCGCGCUCGCCGCGCCGCCGUCGCGACAGGGAUAGAGACAAAGACAGAGAAAAGGAAAGAGAGAAGCAGAACAAAGAAAGAGAGGCAGAGAAAGAGAAACAAAGAGAAAGGGAAAAGAAAGGACUCCCACCAAUCAAAAAAGAACAUCUCAGUGUGUGCAGUACGACUCUAUGGGUGGGACAUCUGUCCAAGCUGGCGACGGCCGAGGAGCUGUCCGACCUGUUCGGCGCCAUCGGGGGCGUCACCUCCAUCGACGUGGUGGCUCCGCGGGGCUGCGCCUUCGUCGUCAUGGAGAGGCGCCGCGACGCCGCCCGCGCCCUGCAGCGCCUGCACAAGCACAAGCUGCACUGCAAGGAGAUCACCGUGGCCUGGGCGCCCGGACGGGGGGUCAAAGGGCGCGAGUGGCGCGACUACUGGGAGGCGGAGCUGGGCGCGUCGUACCUGCCGUGGGGCGCGCUGCACGAGCGCUGGACGCACGCCGCGCUGGCGCUGCACGCGCUCGAGGACGGCGGACACGUGGACGAGGACACGCUGCCGCCCUGGCUGCCGCCCAGGAUCCUUCCCAAAACGAUGAUGGAGAUGCCAAUGAUGCCCGUGAUGCCGCCGGUGUCGGGGGCGCCCGGCAUGAUGCCGCCCGCCAUGCCCAACAUGGCCGCGAUGCCCCCCAUGGCCAGCAUGCCCAGCAUGCCCGCGCUGCCGCCCACGCCCCUUCCCAACAUACCUCCAGAAUUCCUUGCAGGAGCGAUGUCCCUGGGAGGAGCCAACCCGCUGUCCGUCCCCGUGCCCAGAGGACCGCCCCCCGGGCUAGGAACAACAAUGCCCCCGGGUAUGACUCCGGCAAUGCCACCGGGCAUGAGACCCCCGGGGCUACCGUCCGGAGUACCGGGUCUACCGUCUGGGGCACCAGGACUGCAGAGCGACGCGGGCAUGGCGUCGGCGGGGCAGCUGCUGCGCCUGCCGCCGCAGAGCCUGGGACAGCCCGCCAUGGUGGGCGGCUUCCUGGGCGGCCUGCUGGGCGUGGGCGGCAUGCUCCCCGGGGUGCUGCCGAUGCCCAUGCCGUCUCUGCACCACAUGCACCAGCAGCAGCAACAGCAACAACAGCAGCAACAGCAGCAGCAACAACAACAGCAGCAGCACCAGCCGCAACAGCAGCAGAACGAGACGAGUGAGGCGGAGGACGCCAUGGAGCUGGACACGGAGGAGAGCCACGCGGACGCGGAGCCGCACGCGCCGCCCUCCAUGCUGCUGCCCGACCAGAUCCAAGCGCUGCUCUCGAAGCCUCCUCCGAACUUCAACGCGUCCGAGCCCCCGCCGACCUUCAACGCAUCAAAGCCCCCGCCCUUCAGCAUCAACCAGCCCCCGCCCUCGGAAGAUAAACUGGACGACGACAAGAAGAGCGACAAGGACAGAGACAAGAAGGACAAGGAGAGGGACAGGGAUAGGAGAGAUCGAGACCGCGACAGGCGGGACCGGGACAGGAGGGAGAGGGACAGGGGGGGUCGGGACAGAGACAGGGAACGUGAUGACAGAAGAGAUCGCGACAGAGACAGGGGAAGAGACAGGAGGGACAGAGAUAGAGAUCGCGAGAGAGACAGAGACAGACAACCGUCACGAGAUAACAGCGAUCGAAUAAAGGAGAAAUCGCCUCGAGCCCUGAGCGGCGAGAACGAGAAGUCGUUACAAGAGAGGCUGUGGGAGAUGGCCAACGGCAAGCCCAACGGAGCCGCCGACGAUAAGCGAGACUCCGGCGCCGAGGAGCGGCCCCCGCCCGCCGACCGACCCGACGCCGCGCCGCACGCCGACCACCCUGAGCACCGUGAGCACAGUGAGCACACUACGGACGCGGAGCCCCCCCGCGGCUGGAGCGCCGUGCCCCCGCGCGCCGCGCCCCCCGGCCCCCACGGGCCCCUCGGACCACACCUCGCCCCUCCCUUCCGAGCCGAAUUGAGAAUGAGGGGACCACCAAGGCAGCCGAUGCCAGGACACUGGAUGGACGGACCAGGACCUUUCGGUCCCAGGUUCAACGGCAUGGGACCACCCUUCAAUCGACCUCCGUUUGAAAGACCUCCUUUCGAGGGGGGCCCUCCGAUGUUUGACGGCCCGCCCCGUUUUGAACGUCCCCCAUUUAAUCGAAUGCCUUUCGAUAUGAAUCGUCCACCGUUCGACGGUUCCCGUCCUCCCUUUGACGGGCCCAGGCCGCCUUUCGACGGACCGAGACCGCCAUUCGAUGGUUCCAGGCCGCCCUUCGACGGACCGAGAAUGCCUUUCGACGGAACUAGGCCUCCGUUUGAUGGGCCCAGGCCGCCAUUCGACUGUUCUCGACCGCCGUUUGAUGGCCCAAGGCCCCCCUUUGAUGGCUCCCGUCCCCCGUUUGACGAUUCGCGAUCAUAUGACGGACCACCGUUUGAUGGCGACAGAUCUUUCGAAGGACCCCCAGAGUACAGAAACAAUAGAAGAUUCGACGACAGAGAACAGUACAACGAAAGAGGUUGGAACGGGGAAAGGGAGAGAGGAGACCGCGAGUGGGAGCGGAAGAACGAGUGGGACGACAGGAGACGGGAGCGGCGCGGGCCCCCCAGGGAGCACGACGAGCGCCAGCGGGACCGCAACCACGACCGCAGGAGGCAGCACGAGGAGCGCCGCCCGCCGCCGCCCAGGGACGACCUGCCCUCCGCGCCCACGCCCGCCCCGCCCCCCAGGAGGGACAAGGACAGGAAGUCGCGCUGGGGGGCGCCCGACGACACCGCGGCCCCCGACCUGCCGCAACCGCUCGACCAAACCGAGCAGCCACAGCCGGAUGAACCUCUACUCGACCUCGACAACAUAGUCAUGCCUCCCAGCCAGGAGGAGAGCCUCGACACCGACGCGCCUGACGACGUCGAGAACGGAGACGAGUCUAACCUUGAACCUGCGGAACAGCACGAGCCCGGCAGCGACGCCGAGCUCGACGCGGAGCACGACGCCGAGCACGACGCCGACACGCAACACUCGGGCGGGACCGAGCCCGAGGACCACAACGAGCCACCCAGUGAGAGCGCGUCGACCCUCUACGACGCUAACGACGCCGUGGACACCAGCUUCGCUGCCGCCGUCCCGGAGCAGGACGAGGACUCCAAACCCUCCACUGCGGAGCCGGCGGCGGAGCACAGCGACGCGGCGGACAUAUUCAGUGAGGAGUCCAAGGAAGAGAGCAGGCAGUCGGCGGCCUGACACCGGCGCCGGUGGAAGGUCGGCUACUUCCAGUGGAAAUGAUUCGGGUGGCGGCCCUGGCUCGCGACGCGCCACGGGCUCCCAGCGCAACGCCAAAGAUUGUUUAAAUUUUAUACACAAAAGAUAAUAUUGAAAUAUACGAGUGCCUUAUUGGUUACCGACAUGGUGUUUUGUUUUGUCGCCGGCGCCGCGGGAGAGGAACCCGCCUCGGCGCUCAAGUGGAGUGACCCGGGCCAGGUACGGUUGCUAGCGGACGCGCCCGCCGAGCACGGCGCCGCCGACACGGGCGCGCCUGUACUCGGCGGGCGGGUGUGCUUUUUAUUCGACACAACCGAAAUGGAAGCAAAUCAAUUAAUAGAUUUAAAUGUUUUUUUUUUUAUCAACAUUACAAUUGUAUUUUUAUUUUUUAAUGUUUUUGACGCGGUGUUUCCAUUUCGGCUUGUUAUAUCACUGGCGAUGUGUGCAAACCUCGACUGCGGCCGUCCCACCCGAAUCGACCGAUCAAGGAACAGGAGCGUCCCGACAUCCGGAAGACAUGAAGAUACUAGUUGUAUGUUGAAACGUUGUUGACGAACGAUUAUGAUCGAGUUAGAACAGUGAUUCGAUUUUUAAAUCUCAGAUAAAUCGAAUAAUCGUAUUACAUCUCUUUAAAUGUUACGUUUCAUUUAACGCAAAUUUAUAUAUUAUAUACAAAUUACGGUGAAGGUAGAAAAGGAAAUAAGUAACUUAUAAAAUCUAUAAGAUAGAUAACAUUUGAUCGUUUGUCAUUAAGACACGUAGGAAGCAUUCUGAUUGUUAGCGGAUAGGCGAUGUGACGAAUUGAACGAGCGAAGUGCGUCGUGAAAAUUUUAUGAAAUAAUUCAUAUCGUAUUUUAUUUUUUCCAUAGUUGUUUAACAUAUUUUUGGGGCUUACUAACUCUGGGUCGUAUACUCAAAUUAAUGUUAGAUUAAUAAAAUAUAUAUAUAUAGGUAUAUAAUUAAAAAAGAUAUAUUUCAAUGCAUGCUGAAAUGUUUGUACAAUGAUUAUUUUUUUGUGAUUUCAAUAAAUAUCUUUGGAAAAAUUGAACAA